GAAAGAGAGAGGGAGAGAGAGGCUGGCAGAUGUAAUGAGACGCGGUGAAGGUGUACGCAGACUGGCACUCCCACUCCUCCCUCCUGCUCUCACUGCAGCCCUGGGUAACUCGCAGGCUAACACAAACAGCUUCUCUCCCGCAGCCUGCCCUCUGUCACUGUCACUUUCAUGAAUUCAAAGGCAAUUUACCAGUGAUUUCUGGGUGCUGGGGCUGAUUUUUUUGUGCGUAUUUGAAAGAAACUGCAAUCAUUUUUAUAUGCUUCCAUCUCAGGAUGCUGCAAUCAGUGUGUCCAGCAAAAUAAAUGAAAAGAGAAGAAUGUCUUCCAAGCAAGCCACCUCUCCAUUCGCCUGUGCUGCUGAUGGAGAGGAAGCGAUGACCCAGGAUUUGACCUCAAGGGAAAAGGAAGAGGGCGGUGAUCAACAUGUGGCCUCCCAUCUGCCUCUGCACCCCAUAAUGCACAACAAACCUCACUCUGAGGAGCUACCAACACUUGUCAAUACCAUUCAACAAGAUGCUGACUGGGACAGUGUUCUGUCAUCUCAGCAAAGAAUGGAGUCAGAGAAUAAUAAGUUAUGUUCCCUAUAUUCCUUCCGAAAUACCUCUACCUCACCACAUAAGCCUGACGAAGGGAGUCGGGAUCGCGAGAUAAUGAGCAGUGUUACUUUUGGAACCCCAGAACGCCGCAAAGGGAGCCUUGCCGAUGUGGUGGACACACUGAAACAGAAGAAGCUUGAGGAAAUGACUCGGACUGAGCAAGAGGAUUCCUCCUGCAUGGAAAAACUACUUUCAAAAGAUUGGAAGGAAAAAAUGGAGAGACUAAAUACCAGUGAACUCCUUGGAGAAAUUAAAGGUACACCAGAGAGCCUGGCAGAAAAAGAGCGGCAGCUCUCCACCAUGAUUACCCAGCUGAUCAGUUUACGGGAGCAGCUCCUGGCAGCGCACGAUGAACAGAAAAAACUGGCAGCCUCACAAAUUGAGAAACAACGGCAGCAAAUGGACCUUGCUCGCCAGCAGCAGGAACAGAUUGCAAGACAACAGCAGCAACUUCUGCAACAGCAGCACAAAAUUAAUCUCCUGCAGCAACAGAUCCAGCAGGUUCAGGGUCACAUGCCUCCGCUCAUGAUCCCAAUUUUUCCACAUGACCAGCGGACCCUGGCAGCAGCUGCUGCUGCCCAGCAGGGAUUCCUCUUCCCUCCUGGAAUAACAUACAAACCAGGUGAUAACUACCCUGUACAGUUCAUUCCAUCAACAAUGGCAGCUGCUGCUGCUUCUGGACUCAGCCCUUUACAGCUCCAGAAGGGUCAUGUCUCCCACCCACAAAUUAACCCAAGGCUAAAGGGCCUAAGUGACCGUUUUGGCAGGAAUUUGGACACCUUUGAACAUGGUGGUGGCCACUCUUACAACCACAAACAGAUUGAGCAACUCUACGCCGCUCAGCUGGCCAGCAUGCAGGUGUCACCUGGAGCAAAGAUGCCAUCAACUCCGCAGCCACCAAACGCAGCAGGGGCAGUCUCACCUACUGGGAUAAAAAAUGAAAAGAGAGGGACCAGCCCUGUAACUCAAGUUAAGGACGAAGCAGCAGCACAGCCUCUGAACCUCUCAUCCCGACCCAAGACAGCAGAGCCCGUCAAGUCCCCGACUUCUCCCACCCAGAGCCUCUUCCCAGCCAGCAAAACCAGCCCCGUCAAUCUGCCAAACAAAAGCAGCAUCCCUAGCCCCAUUGGAGGAAGCUUGGGAAGAGGAUCCUCUUUAGGUAAAUGGAAAAGUCAACACCAGGAAGAGACUUAUGAAUUAGAUAUCCUGUCCAGUCUCAACUCCCCUGCCCUGUUUGGGGAUCAGGAUACAGUGAUGAAAGCCAUUCAGGAGGCACGGAAGAUGCGAGAACAGAUCCAGCGAGAGCAACAGCAGCAACAGCCACACGGCGUUGAUGGGAAACUGUCCUCCAUGAAUAAUAUGGGGCUGAACAACUGCAGGAAUGACAAGGAAAGAACACGCUUUGAGAAUUUGGGGCCCCAGUUAACAGGAAAGUCAAGUGAAGAUGGAAAGCUGGGCCCCGGUGUCAUCGACCUUACCCGGCCGGAAGACGCAGAGGGAAGUAAAGCAGUGAAUGGCUCUGCAGCUAAACUACAGCAGUAUUAUUGUUGGCCAACAGGAGGUGCCACUGUGGCCGAAGCACGAGUCUACAGGGACGCCCGCGGCCGCGCCAGUAGUGAGCCACACAUCAAGCGACCAAUGAAUGCAUUCAUGGUCUGGGCGAAGGAUGAGAGGAGGAAAAUCCUUCAGGCCUUCCCCGACAUGCAUAACUCCAACAUUAGCAAAAUCUUGGGAUCUCGCUGGAAAUCCAUGUCCAACCAGGAGAAGCAACCUUAUUAUGAAGAGCAGGCCCGACUAAGCAAGAUCCACUUAGAGAAGUACCCAAACUAUAAAUACAAACCCCGACCCAAACGCACCUGCAUUGUCGACGGCAAAAAGCUCCGGAUCGGGGAGUAUAAGCAACUGAUGAGGUCUCGGAGACAAGAGAUGAGGCAGUUCUUUACUGUGGGGCAACAGCCUCAGAUUCCAAUCACCACAGGAACAGGUGUUGUGUAUCCUGGUGCUAUUACUAUGGCAACGACCACACCGUCACCUCAGAUGACAUCUGACUGCUCUAGCACCUCGGCCAGCCCCGAGCCCAGCCUCCCGGUCAUCCAGAGCACUUACGGGAUGAAGACAGAUGGCGGAAGCCUGGCUGGGAAUGAAAUGAUGAACGGCGAGGAUGAGAUGGAAAUGUACGAGGACUAUGAAGAUGACCCCAAAUCAGACUAUAGCAGUGAGAACGAAGCCCCGGAGGCUGUCAGUGCCAACUGAGGAGUUUAUGUUUGCAGAAUUAAAGUACUCUGACAUUUCACCCCCCUCCCCCCAACAAAAGUUCUUAAAGAGCCCGCAUGCAUUUGUGGCUCCACAAUUACAUCAGCAAUGGUCUUAAUUGUUUCGUAAAGUGUGAGACAGAUUAAGUUUUCCCUGAUUUUUCAUGAACUUGAGUUUUUUGUCGUUAUUGUUAUUGUUGUUGUUGUUGUUUUUUUAAUUUAGGUGAAGACAUAUUAAAUAUGAGACACCAGGACUUGAAAACUUAUCUCAACCUAGAGCUGUCUUACAAGUCUUAUAUUUUUGUCUUACUUUUUUUUUUUUUUUCCUUUUGGAUGUUGAUAAAGGUUUAAGUUACUGUUUUAGAUGGGGUUAAACAUUCUCACUCAGGUAUGCUGUGCCGGCCUACAGGUUGUGAAUGUGUUUUUAUUCUGAAUUAUUUUAGAAAACAACUGAGGAUUUCAGAUCGUGACACAGAACAAGUCCACGGCGUGUGCAGCUGCAUGUCGAGCAUACUCGAAAGGCCUCGGAAUUCCAUUUGCCCGUGUGUAGUUCCACUUUGAAUGUGCCAAACUUUUUCAUAACUUUUGAAUCUUAAUAUUUUGAAAGUCUUAAAGGAGACACUGCAAGUCUUAGACAAUCUUCGGCAUCUUAAAAUAGCAAACCAUACAUUUUUUUUUCCAGAAAAUGGUAAAGUACUCAGGAAUCUGGAGACAAGAUGUUGUAAGGAAUGGGCAAGGUUGCCACACUGCAUGUACCCAACUGCGUUUGCCUCUUGACGUGCCAUCCGCGUGUGACAUGGGAUGACGUGCACACACCAGAGCGGUCACCACACCAGAUACCGACACGGUGGUCUCUGCCUGAGACCACGUCUCACUACAUCCAUUGUCCCUUUGCCUUUAACCCUGACAUUCAGUCUUAUCACAUUUUCUCUUAACUAAUUUAUUCAUUCCAGAAUGUCAAGGGUCCACUUACUAUUUAUUUUUUAAAAAAAAUUGUUGAUGGCAUUAAUUUAAUAAUUCUUGUUUUUCACCCUCCUUCCCCGAAGAACUUCUCAGCUCUUUUCACGCCUCCUUCUCCGGCUAGAUACAAAAGAUGUACGUAGUGAAUCUUGUGUCCCCAGAGCAUCUGGAAGCAUUUCUGAAACAAGAUACUAUUAAAUACCUAUAGUGUUCUUAAACAGGAGUGUCUGUCUGGCUGCAGGGCUGUGUGUUUGAAUACUGGUGUAUAGUUGUUACACUUAAACAGCCCCCGAGGUUCACUGCGGCCUCAAGUCUUUUGCCAGAAUUGCCCCCAACACAGAUCAGCAGCAGUGGCAUUCCCCUGAGCUCCACUGGGCAGCGAGGGUCCGCAGUGGUGACUGCUUGGCAGGAGAGUCCUGCAGCCCAACCUGAAGCCCACGGCUCAUGGGCUGUGUAGGCAUCUACAGUGAUGCUGUCAGGGGUUGGCACCUUUACAGUGGGUCACCUUGUCCCAGUUGGCACAUCCAGGGAAUUCUCUGCAAAAGUCCCCAGGAUGCAAGAAGCCACAUGACAGCCUCAAAGCAACGACAGAGGCAAAAAGGCAUGAUCCCUCCAGAGUACGAAAGGAAACCGUAGGGAAGAAGGGGGUGAUGUACAUUCCCUCUGUGGGAUGUUCCUACUGUGACCUCUGGGGAUAGAUGGGUCCCGCUGCUGCCUCCCUGUCCCUGCGGCACCACAUGGGACACACCUAUGUGUGGACAAGGUUGUCACACAAGGAUUCCUUUGGAGAUGUGCUGCCGGGCUGCGAGGCAGGGAGGGUUCGUUCCCCAUCUCCUAAGACGGGAGCUCUGCCAUGCCAUUUUGACCUUCCCGGAGCCAGGACUGGUUACCUAUGGGGGUGGGGGUGCUCGCCCAGAGUAGUUCAACGGGAGAAAGUCAGUGAACGGGACAGUCCAUCUCAUGGGGCAACCCGGAAGCUGAUCACCAGGACAUAGGAACGGCCCCACCGGAUUUCUUGAGCCAUUUUGUCCCUUGGAAGAAAAUAGCGUACCUUUGUAUUUAUUUAAAGAGUGCUCAAGGCCACACCUAAUAGCAAUAAACGGGUCGGCCGAAAUAUCAGCAGCUCUGUCCUUAGCUGAGAGUGCUCUCAAUAAGCUGAUUAAGGUACUGAUAGGAAUGUUUUGUUCUUAAUAUUGAUUGGGGAUUGGAACUUUGUUUUUGUACAUUUCUUUCAAUGAGGAGGAGAUCAUUUUUCUAAAAUAAAUGAGUAUUUAUUAUGUCUUACUGAUUUCUGUGAUCACAGACAUCUCCUCCUCAGUUUGUUCUCGUGUUCUCGCUCGCUCUCCGGCUUUCGCUUUGGCUCUCUCACUCCUUUUUAAUUUUGCUGCCUAGGUAAAGUGUUGUGUGGCUAGCAUUGUGUUGUAUGUAAUUAAUUUUGCACAGAGGCAAGCAUUUAGCAUAGGGGGUUAAUUUUGUCUGUUUUUAUGAUCAUGCCAAAAUAAUAUUCUGGGCUGGUGGAGAACAAAGGACUGUUCUUUAGGACUGAAACUUGAUUUUGCUUGUAGUAAGAAAAACAAAAACAAAAAAACAAAACACACACACACACUCACAGACGUUGUUUCGUAAGUGUUAUAAGCACUGGAUAGAAAUGGUAUUUUGUAUCACUUCUGACUAAUGUGAAACUGUUGUAGGAAAGCGACAGGGAACAAAAGUCAUUUGUUUCGACUCGUGUGGGCUCGCCUCACAGAUGCCGGAUUUGAGUCAUUUUUUUUAUGUCUUGUUAUUUCAUUUAUUUAUGCAAAAUACAUGUGUGUAUGAACACUUCGUUGUCGCUCCGCUCUGCCUCGGUCCCGGGGCUCAGUUACUCUAGCCACGUUCUUCAGAAUGAAAGGCUCUUCAGGAACGAUCUGAUUGUACACGUCUCUCUUCGGCUCACACAGUCAUGCUGGAUUCGAAUCUAAAUUCUGUGCUAAGCAAUUUCUUCUAUUUAUUAGCCACGUUUGGCUCUAAAUACCCAUGGAAAUUAAGAAUGACAAUCACAGGGAUCACUUCAUCUUAUUUUCAGUGGGGCUUAGACAAAGUUUGGAUGAUGUUACCAUCUCAUGUUAGACUUUUCUAAUUGUGUAAAUAUAACAUAGAAAUAGAAUUUAUUUUUGGCUCACGAAUCCUUAGUAAGAUAUAAGUUAUGUGUUUCCUUCGUGCUCUCUAUCCACGUAUUUUGGUCCAGACUUGAGGUUGACGAGUCACUGUACCUCGUGGGGACAGUGAAUUGUCAUUACCUGCAGCUUCUACCUGUAGCUGAGACAGCAACACCCUUCACUUGGGUCCGGCGUACUUUAGAAACCACCGUCCACAGACGGAGGCUCUGCCCUCGGUUUCUUGCAGAAAGCUGAUGAGUUGAGCAUACUAAAUUCCCAGUACGGCCGGGAGAGAGACACUUACUUUGCAAAUCCACAUUCAUCUUCCAAGGUGGUUCUGUGACCAUUUAAUAGCAAGAGGUAGGAAUGCCAUUACAAAGGCAAAAAGCUGCCUCUGGGGUUGGCCAAGGAUACUGGUCCCACCGUGCCAGCUGGAUUGAAGAAGGUUAAGCCACUUCCGUGUCUACGCUCCCUAUUUCCUACAUGUUCAAGUACUUAGAGGAUCAGGGUUCUCCUCAUCGCUUAGCAUAGGUCCACUGGCAGACAUUCCUCUCCAGAAAAAUGGCCCACAUAGGAGAGGAAGGAUGGGGAGAAGGGAGGAAGGCAGACUGAGGGGGAGAGGGAAGCAGGGAGACAAGGAAGAGGGAGAAAGAAAAGGUGGCUUGCGCCAUGAACAACCAAGCGGCAGUUUCUCCAUGUCCUGGAGAUGCAAGGCAGCAUCUUUUCCAGGAGGGUGUGAAAGCUUCAUGUUUUCACGCACAUCCUACUCAACCUUUUGAGCAGUUUGCUUCAGUGGGUAUUUGAUACUCUCCAGCUUUGUCCCCAGGCUCGAUUUGGGUUGCCAGCGUCCUACCAGGACUCUCAAGCUAGGUUCUAAAAUCCAGGUGUGGGCUCCCAGGGUUCCUGUGCCUGAUGGAUUCUGGCCUCCCCCAAACAUCAGUCCCACGGGAGCCUGGGCUAUUUGCAAAGGGUGUGAUCACUCCACAGCUGAAAUUAAAGGCCGCUUUCUUUUCCUUAUGAAGCCAGGCUGCUGCUUUGGAGUACACCCUCCUGAGCCAGGAGUACAGGAGCUGACUGAAAGCAGGGCUUGUUCAGCAAGCCUGUCUACCCUCAGAGGAAGUCAGCCAGGUCACUUAAACGCCAGGCCGAGGCUGCUGCUCUCAGUUUCCUCAUUUUGCAAAGAGUCAACCUCUACCAACUCAUUAGGGAAAAAUGCAAGAAUCACUUAGUGCUUGGAAACCAGAUGAGAAGUUCUGUACCAAGUGCCAACAACUGCAAGAAGUGCAGUUAGGGGAAUGUAUUGAAAUUAUGUCUGGGUCUUCCUUUUUAAUGAGAAAAUGACAACAAUGGUCGCUGUCGCCUUGCCUGGUUUUGUACACAUUUGUCUAAAGACUGCGUUGGCACUUUUUAAGUUCACUUCUCUAAGUAUAAUGAUAUUGGGUGACCUCCUUUGUCCUUUUCCAAAAGCCUUUGCAUCAUUUCCUGAAGUCCUCUGCCCCCGCAUGUUCUCUUCCUUAAUAAACAACUUCCAUCUGUUAUUCCGGUGACGUUCUCUCUCGGAUGCCACAUCCUAUCGAGCACGCUCCUGUGCUAAUAUCAUUGACAAGAUCGAUAUGCAAACCCAUUUCCUCUUCAUCCCCAUCCCGUCUCUUCCAAUGGGGACAGAUUGCUUUCCAAAUCUCCAUGAACAAAGCUUUGGAAUGUUAGUAUCUCUGGGGCAGAGCUGGGGUGGGUGGGGUAGGGACGGAAAGGGCACGCUUAGUGCAGGUACUCUGCUAAUCGGUGUCCGUGGCAAUAUAAACGCUUGAAGGCAACUCAGUGACAGAGAUCUUGCUCGGUCUUUUCUUAUUCCUGAAGAACCACAAGCAUCAAGUCAGGCCUCAGUGCUGGUGCUCUUGGAGUAU